AUGAAAACCGCACAAGUCAGCGCUCAAAUCGCGUCUCUCCCUUACGACGUACUGCGGAUCAUCUUCCAAUGGGCUACAUUUGUACCGAAUGCAUUCGAUAUACACGAACCAGAUUCAUUUGCCUACCCUGCACCCUGGCCACAAGAAAAGAUUCAGGCUGCCUUAUUCAAAUCAAUGUACACGAACUACUGCCUUGCUCUUGUCUGCAAGGCGUGGAAUGACGUUGCAACUCCGCUGCUCUAUCGAUCAAUAUGUAUUAGCAAGAGAAAACCCUUCAUGGCGCUCCUAAGGUCCAUGCAAGUCACCCUAACGGAAGACCAUAAUAGAUCGGCUGAUAUGGCGAAAUCAAGUUCGAAAGGAAAAUGGACCAGACGACUCGACAUUCUUUACCGAGACAAGACUGUUCUGCACGCGAGCAGUUUCGCAAGGUUUCUCAAAUGCCUCCCGAAUUUGCAGAUUAUUGUUCAGCGGGGCACGUUUCUUAUGCUCAAGCGCUCGGACUUUCACUUGUCAAUUUUUGUCGUGCUCCCGGCACUGGUUUCACAAUCUCUGCAUGUCCUUGACGUUAAAUGCAGCUAUGACUACGACUCGACCAAUGGACAUAACCAUCCAAAUGCCGCUCGCAUUACCGAUGCCGUUGGGAACCAACCUCUUCACACCUUGAAGGUCUGUCCGGUUGCAGCUGGUCGAACGCACAAGCAGCAUGCGUUUCUGUCGUCUAUCGAGUGUCUUGACACGUCGCAACACUUCAUCAAUCCUAUCCUUUCGGAUAUAUGCUUGGCCCCCAAGCUUAAACGAAUUUCCCUGAAUGCUGGGUACGGAGAUGGGCCGGGACCUUAUAGUAAAUGUUUGGCACAAAUCACUUCCGGUAUUGGGCAACUGGAGAUAGAUACCACUACAUCCGAUCCUGGACAUGCACUAUCUCUACAUGAUGUAGCUAAUCUCUUUCCGAAUCUCCACAAUCUGGUUGUCACCUUGGAUGUUCUAACCCCCCAUGUACUGUCUGAAUACCUUCCUCCAGUUGUCAACCUUGGUAUUCAUACUACUACUCUAUGGCAGUGA